AUGUCCGGCCUGGUGGGAGAGGCCGAAGCCGAAGGGUUCCAGAAAGUCUGCGUCUCCAGGAUCGAGCGAUGUCUCGACGAACUUUACAGCAGUGUGGACGGCGGCGACGCCCGAGCACUCGGGAGCAACCUUCCGCGGAUCCAUCAUCCCGCUUUUUCCACCUUUGUUCUCAUCUUUUUGCUUCCUCUCGACCGUUCCUAG